UGGAUGAACACUUUGAUUUGACCUUGAGAAAUGUUGGACUGAACAAAUUGUUCAUCUUUGAUUAUUAAUAUUAUUAUUAAAAGAAAAAGAAAUGAUUGUAUUACAGACUAUCGAUUGUUCAAUGUGUAUUCACUCGGUGCAUUUGUUGGCCAAUAAAAAGCUUAUUAAGCAUACACCUCUACAGAAAUUUGUCCGUAGGAUAGAUACACACACAUAGAUUGGUGUACAAAAGUGGAGCUGAAAGACACGUCUAAUUCUAAUUGUAUUGCGUAUUCUUUGUAGCUUACUUUUGCCUUCAAUAUAUUUAAUUGUAUAUGUGUAUACAAUUACCAUCAAUGACGCGGUCUAUUAUCAUUACUUAUUGUUAGCUUAACUUCACGAGGCAUUGUACUGAAUCAGACAUAACAUCCGAUAUGGAUAGAUGCAGUAAAUCUGCUUAUUCAUCAAUUUCGCUUUCAUUCACAAACUGAAUCAUAAUACUUUCGUUUCUCUUAUUAGUAUCACUUAUACAUGUAAAGAAGCUAUUCUGUUUUACAAUUUGAACUUUUUUUCUGUUGAUACAACUCACUUUCUAAUAACUAACUGACUCAGUGACCCACUCACACACGUAUAUACACAUAAUAAUAAAACAAGUCAAGCAAUAUGUUAUACGGUGGACCUCUUGGCACUUAUCUCAGUGGUUUAUCCUCCUCGUCCUCAUCGAGUGCUUCACAUCUUACAACGCCAAGUUCAAAUUACACUUCACCUAGUAGUUUGAGUAGUUCAAACUACUAUUCCAGUGGAAUUGGUGGAUUAAGACGUAGCAGUUCAAGAUAUCGAAAUUCUGGUGGCAGUAAUUUAUCCUCAACAUCGACUGCAUUAAAUACUACUAGUAACAGUAGUAAUACAAGUACUACAGGAGCUAGUAAUCCUUAUUCAUCAUAUUAUACACCACCGGUAAGAAGAAAAUAUGGCACACCUGAAACGGAUACAUCGAAACCAUCAUGGUAUUUAAGUCGUUCACAAGGUAUUUCUAGUAACAGUGGAGUUGGCAGUGGUAGUAGCACUGGCGGGACUGGUUCUAGCAGUACUGCUGGAAGUAGUACAUCUGCCGCCUCCUACUCAGGACUUCCACAGUAUCCACGCAGAUCACCAAACAAAAUUGGCACCAGUACUGGAUAUACAACUGGUGGAAUAGGCACAAGUUCAUCAUGGAAUUCAGAUUUGAGUAGUGCUGCUAGUAAAACGCUCAAUUAUAAACAAUUGUAUGAAGAGGAAAAAGCAAUGACAAACACUCUACGUGAAGAAGUAAAAGCAGCUCAGAAAGAACUCAAAGAAUUAGAAAGCUCAAUGGAGUAUACGAAUGGAAGACGACGAUCCAGUGAUGCUGAACAAAGGAAAAUGGAACGGCGAAUUUCUGAAUGUGAACAAGAACUUAAAUUACUUGAGAAAUUACGAGCUGAAUCAGAAAAGUUGCAUGCUGAACAUCGAGCACUUAUCCGAGUGGUAUCACGACUAAAUCGAGAACAAUAGAAGAACAAUAAAACAUGUACCGUGACAAUUUACCUAUUUAUUUAAUUAAUUAUUUACUUAUUUAUUCACUUAUUUAUUUAUCUAUCUAUCUGUCUGUCUAAAUAACCAAUUGUCUUCCGUCUCUCCUUUCAAUAUAUCCAUCAAUGUUUGUCUUUGUGUUUUUUUUUUUGAAGAGAUAAUAUUAUCCUUCAUCAA